GUAAGUUUAAAUCAGUAAUUUAAAAUUUUAAGACCAUGGAAAUCCAAAAUAUCGCUACCGAAGCUAAAGAAAAUCAAGUCAAAGCAUGUGAACUAUUCUCUAUCUUGCUAUAUCUGUCUGAGGAGUGCUGCAGACUCUUAGACGAGGUCCAUUCAAACAAUCAGAAGCUCCAGACUCAGAUGAAAGACCCUGAGAAUCCAGUUACUAUUGCCGAUCUAACUAUUCAAAAAACCAUCGAGCAUGUGCUCUUGCACUUCUACCCAAAGAUUAACAUCAUUGGGGAAGAGGAUCCUUCCACUUAUGCUCACAUAAAGCCACUUGUCAAUGUGUCUGAUGUCAAGAAGGAUGCCAUUACUGAAGAAUUCUUAGCCCAGAACUAUGAAGACAGAAAAGAACUUGUUUCUAAGAGUGAAUUUAAGGAUGAAGUCUUGGAGGAUCCAUUCAACUUCAAAGCAGAGGACCUCUCUGUCUGGAUCGACCCUAUUGAUGGUACAAGAGAAUUGUGUGCUGGACGUCUCGAGAAUGUUACUUGCAUGAUUGGAGUUGUCUACAAAAAGAUUCCAAUUAUGGGACUUGUUCACCGUCCUUAUGUUGAGAGGGCCGGAACACUUGGUGAGACCUUCUUUGGAUCUCUUGAAUUCGGAAUCUACAAGUGCAACUUUGAUAGGACUUGGGAUGAGAGACAAAUUGAAGAGAGGGAGUUUAACUAUAUGGCUCCCUUCUCAACUGACGAUGACAUCAUUGACGAAGAUAACCAUGUCUUGAACGUAAAUGUCUGUUGGCACAGAGAAAAUGCUCAAAAUGAGGAAUGCCUUGAGUAUCUCAAGCCAUGCAAGUACGUUGAAGACGGAGGAGCUGGAAAAAGAGUCCUCAGAGUACUUGAUGACAUCAACGAGAUGUGGGUAUUCCCAGGCUAUGGACAAUCCGGAUGGGAUAUGUGCGGUCCUGAGGCAUUAAUUCGUGGUAGGAUCGGAAUUACCUCUGACUGUUAUGAAGAAAGAUUCCUCUACACAAACGAAAUCGAUCCUAUUAGAGGAUGCAUCUUUGCCAAAAACCAGAGGCUAUACGACCUAGCCCUCAAACGUAUGGGAUCAUUCCUCCCAUAUCUAAGGACCAUAAUAUAAAUCCGUCAUAAGGUCCAUAUUU